AAAUCGAAACUUGAUUUGUGUACAUGGAGACGUUAACGAAACUCAUUUCAAUGGCUCCUUUGCUUCUGCUAUUUGUUCUUCCUCGUGCAUUUUCCGGUCAUGACUAUAACCAAGCUCUGAGCAAGAGCAUUCUGUUCUUCGAAGCUCAGAGAUCUGGUUUCCUUCCUCAUGACCAGAGAGUCACGUGGAGAGCUAAUUCGGGCUUGAAUGAUGGCAAGGCUAGUGGUGUGGAUCUGGUUGGAGGGUACUACGAUGCAGGGGACAAUGUGAAGUUUGGACUUCCCAUGGCGUUCACCAUAACGAUGAUGUCGUGGAGCAUUAUAGAGUACGGCAAACAAAUGGCCGCGAACGGCGAGCUCGGCCAUGCCAUGGAAGCCGUCAAAUGGGGAACUGAUUACCUCAUUAAAGCUCACCCCGAACCUUAUGUCCUUUACGGAGAGGUGGGAGAUGGUAACAGCGACCACUACUGUUGGCAAAGACCGGAGGACAUGACCACCGACCGUCGUGCUUACAAGAUUGACCCGAGCAACCCGGGGUCGGAUCUGGCUGGUGAAACCGCCGCCGCCAUGGCUGCUGCCUCAAUCGUCUUCCGCCGCUCCAACCCUGCAUAUUCCGGCGAGCUUCUUCGCCAUGCCUACCAGCUGUUUGAAUUCGGUGAUAAAUACAGAGGUAAAUACGACAGAAGCAUCACAGUUGCCCAGAAAUACUACCGAUCCAUCAGUGGCUACAAUGAUGAGUUGUUGUGGGCCGCUGCAUGGCUGUACCAAUCUAGUAACAAUGAGUACUACUUGAACUAUCUUGGCAAGAAUGGUGACUCGAUGGGUGGAACCGGCUGGGCCAUGACUGAGUUUGGUUGGGAUAUCAAGUACGCUGGGGUUCAGACCCUUGUCGCCAAGUUCUUGAUGCAAGGCAAAGCUGGUCUCCAUGCACCAGUGUUCGAGAGGUACCACCAGAAGGCAGAGUACUUCAUGUGCUCCUUGAUUGGAAAGGGUGGCCGUAAUAUUCAGAAGACUCCCGGCGGUUUGAUCUUCCGACAGAGGUGGAAUAACAUGCAGUUCGUGACGAGCGCUUCCUUCUUGGCCACCGUCUUCUCCGACUACCUCACUUCCUCUAGGGGAACCUUGAAGUGUGCUGCUGGCAAUGUUGCACCGUCCGAGCUUCUUUCUUUUGCCAAAUCCCAGGUGGAUUACAUUCUUGGAGACAAUCCAAGAGCUACAAGUUACAUGGUUGGUUAUGGGAACAAUUUCCCACGACAGGUUCACCACCGAGGUUCUUCUAUUGUUUCGAUCAAGGUCGACGCCAAAUUCGUCGCCUGCCGACAAGGCUAUGCCACUUGGUAUUCGAGGAAAGCAAGCGAUCCCAAUGUCCUCACCGGUGCUCUGGUGGGAGGACCUGAUGCAUAUGAUAACUUUGCUGAUGAAAGGGACAAUUAUGAACAAACAGAGCCUGCUACCUACAACAAUGCUCCUCUUCUUGGCAUAUUGGCUAGACUUGGUGGUGGUCACGGCGGUUAUAACCAGCUCCUUCCCGUGGUUGUUCCAGCUCCUAAUCCUGUUGUUGCCAAACAAAUGCCGGCCCCAAAAUCGAAUCCUGCCUCAUCUGCUAGUCCAAUUACCAUAGAACAGAAGUUGACAACUUCCUGGAAUGACAGAGGAAAAACUUACUACAGAUAUUCCACAAUAGUGACCAACAAAUCCUACAAGACUCUCAAGGAUCUUAAGCUCUCAAUAUCAAAGCUUUAUGGUCCUCUAUGGGGUCUAGUCAAGUCCGGCAACUCCUAUGGUUUCCCAACAUGGCUCGACUCUUUACCGGCCGGAAAGAGUCUGGAGUUUGUAUACAUCCAUUCUACUUCUCCAGCUGAUGUCUCAGUUUCAAGCUACAAUUUGGCUUAAAGGAACAACACUCGUGC